AGUGCUCUUCGUUAUGCUAGUGAUGCGUAUCCGCAACCCCAAGGUCCGAUUGGGUGCGGUCAUUGUGGAGAGUCUCGGCACCAAUGCCUCUGCAACCUCCCCUUCCUUCACCAUCAAACUUAACGCACAAGUUACCGUCAAAAACACUAAAUUUUGGUCACUUCAAGUUCCAGAACAACACCGCCAGCAUCUCCUACGUAGGCACUCUCAUCGGCGAGGCUACCAUUGUGAAGGCACGCGCUAGAGCACGGUCUACAAAAAAGGUCAACGUGACAUUCGUUGCGAGUUCAGGUAAGGUGUCAAGCAACUCACAGUUGGGUGAUGAUAUCGAGUCUGGGAUCAUACCGUUGGGCAGCCAUGCCAGGUUGGACGGGAAGAUUAUUCUGUUCAAGGUUUUCAAGAAAAAGAAAUCAGCGGAAAUGAAUUGCAUAAUGGAUGUUAAUACAACUACGAAAGAGAUUCAGAACUUGAAAUGCAAGUGAACUUGCAAUCACUAUUUUAAUUUCUCUUUAUGUUCCGCUUUUAUUCUCUUUUGGGUAGGAAAUUUAACUGCUCAAAUCUGUACUAUUUUUCCCCUUCUUUACAUUACAUGAUAUUAGGUGGACAGGGAAAAAUGUGGUCACCCUUUUUUCUUGUCCCGUGUAAUAUAUAUAUAUUUUUUUUUGUAUGAAAAAAUAAAUUUCAUUUCAUGCA